AUGGUCACAACUGAGCUGGAAAAUGGUAUACGGGCUCUCGAACUCAAGGCGAUUCAGAAAUGUAAGCGGUGUAAGGAAAUCGACGCUCUAGUGAUUGUGAGGCAGGAAAGCUUAUGCAGUGAAUGUUUUGACAAGUAUGUCCGUUCAAAAUAUAUCAAGCGCAUGGAAUCUUUUCGAGUCCGCUACGCUCCCAAUGAUACCGGUGUCAUAGUGCCCACCCAAACCACUCUCCUUAUCCCUCUCUCUUUCGGGGUUUCUUCGACCGCUCUCCUAAACCUCAUUUCCAACCAACUUAAAGCUCAGCGCCAAAGAUCUAACGGCCAAACCGGCUAUAACUGUCUGGUAAUCCACGUCGACGAAAGCUGUGUAGACCCCUCGGUACCACCCCAGGAAAGCAUCAGCGCCGUACAAGAGCGAUUUUCCGACAUUGGGACUUUUAGAGUGGUAAAUAUUGAGGACAUCUAUGAUUUCCGGAAUGUGGCAAGGGAGGUAGAGCUGGACCAUGGGGUGGACGAGGAGAAGGGUGGUAGUGAUACUUUCGACAAGAAAGAGGUGCUGAUGCACUUACUAUCUUCACUGCCGUCAACGACCUCGAGAAUGGACAUAUUAUCGAUCCUACGAACACGAUUAAUCGUGGAGAUUGCUAAAAAGGAGGGAUGCGCAGCGGUUUUAUGGGGGGAUUCGACGACUAGGCUAGCUCAGAAAACCUUGGCCGAGACCGCAAAGGGAAGAGGGUUUUCAAUACCAUGGCAGACUGCAGAUGGGGAUUCUCCAUUUGGUAUUGAGUUCCGAUACCCAGUCCGCGACCUCCUUAAGAACGAACUCGUAAACUACGUCUCUAUUCCUCUCCCAACCUCACCAAAACCAUUACUACCUCUCUGUGUAGCCUACUCGCCAGAUGCAAAACAUACAGCAGCUAAUGCCGCAAGUGGACGGAACAUUACGAUUGACGAGCUUAUGAUACAAUAUUUUGAUGGCAUUGAGACGCAGUACCCUUCUAUUGUGGCGAAUGUUGUCAGUACUGCGGGAAAACUUAAGCCAUUGAGAAGGCCGGCGGGUAUUAAUAUAAGCUGCAAGAUAUUAACCGAGUUAAACGCGGAGAGUAGCAUGUGUUAUGGGUGUGCAAGGGCUAUGCAUGGUGCAGGCGCUUAUGAUUGGCCGUUAGAGCCUUAA